CAACCAUAUAAAUUUUUAAUUAUUUUGAAUUUUUAAUAUUAUAAUAGAAUUUGUGUAGUUGUGACAUAUGCUACAUCAUAAUGUAAUGAAAAUGGUGUAAAAGAGUGGUGUAAAUGUAAUAUUAUUCAUCUCCGUUGACAACGUGGUGUAUCUGGUGUCUCCGGAUAUGUGGGAGAAAAAAGCUGAAAAAGUCAAGUGGGUUGGGCCGGUUAACACGGGGCUUCUGACUGAAAUUCUGCUUAUGACACGAAAAGCUGAAGGCGAAAACCAAGAGAAGAAAGCAACCGUAGAAGGGCUGCCAUUAGAGAGCAGCCCAUACGUCAAGUAUACUAAUUUGGAGGAUUACAAACGUAAUGCAUAUGGCAGUGAAGGACACCUUCCAGUUAAACUUAACCAAAGUGGAGGUGGAACUGAUGCUCCCACCAUUUCUGGAACUCAUAAUCAAAUCAAACGCCUCUCAGAAAAAUCCCGAACUCACAGCUGUUGAUGCUGCCGUUGCCGUUGCCAUUGCCAUUUACCUGCCUCCCCAAGGCAUCCCUUAAAUUUUUAUUAAUUGAUGUCGAUCUAUCCUGAGUUCCGUCUGUUUUGGUGUAUACCAAACAUAAAGACAGCAUUAA